CGGGGCUGAUCCCCCCAGACGCCACCUUGUACUUCGACGUCGUCAUGUUGGACAUCUGGAACAAGAACGACAAGCUGCAGAUCAGCCUCUCCAAACCCGAGCGCUGCAACCGCACGGUGGAGAACUCGGACUUUGUGCGGUACCACUACAACGGCACGCUGCUGGACGGCACCCCCUUCGACUCCAGCUACAGCAAAGACAGCACCUAUGACACCUACGUGGGCACCGGCUGGCUGAUCAAGGGCAUGGACCAGGGGCUGCUGGGCAUGUGUGCUGGAGAGAAGAGGAGCAUCAUCAUCCCCCCGUUCCUGGCCUAUGGGGAGAAGGGCUAUGGGACCGUGAUCCCACCGCAGGCCUCGCUG